CAAAAUCUUCUUCAAAAGUCUAUAACUUUGUGUAAAAAAGAGAAAAUGUCAGAUCUGCUUUACAUUUAUGCAUAACAAAGGGAUGUACAGUAUCCUUCAUCAUCCUGAUACUCUGACUUCAAUCAGUUUAAAGAAAACACAGUAUCUGGGACACGGCAAAUUGUAAAUCUGCACACACUGGAGGAACCAUGGCCAACAUUUCUUACAUCUGCAUUGUAUGGAUCACCAUCUGUGUGGAAACACUUUCUUUUGUACGUCAUGUUAUUGUAUCUGGCACAGUGGGUUCUACAGUUGUCCUGCCAUGUGAACUGGCGAGUGUAGGCCAUAAAGAGUCAAGAAUUAGAUGGGGCUCUAUUGAAGAGCUUGUGUUUGAGAGAAAGGAUGGGGAGUCUUUUCAAGGUGAGAGAUUUCAGGAUCGUGUGGACGUUCCUCUGGACGAGCUGCGUAAGGGGAACUGUUCCUUGGUGCUGCACAAUCUGAGCCUGUCUGAUGCAGGUACCUACAUCAUCUACAACACAACAAGAUCCACACUGGACCAGACAUCUCAUUAUUCCACCCCCGAAGAGCUCCAGAUUGGCAAAGUUGAACUCUUAGUCUCUAGUGAAGUAAUGAAGAGUCCUCACCCACUGGUCCUGGUCCUGUCCCUCGUCUCAUGUUUACUCGUUCAGCUCUUCUGUAGAUAAACAUGAGUGUGACCUACAGCUGUGUACAGGACUGUGUGUUUCAAUCACACACAGUAAACUACACACUGUAGCUUUUUCCACACUUUCCCAUCUAUUCUCAUUAGUGAGACUGGACUUUCUUCCAGAACUGAACUUGAACAGGAUUUUGUUCUGGAGACAACAGUUUUUUCUUUUCACACAUAGAUAAAAAAUACAGGUAGUCCCCGACUUUUGAGUUAUGAAUUUCCGCGGAUACGAACGGACUGUGUUCCUAUAAACAUUUUAUAGAUGCAAACAAAUGAGAAAAGCUUAUGUGUAUAGGACAAAAACAAAAAAAAACAUUGCAGCGCACCAAUGUGUGUGUGCGUGGGGGGGGGGGGGGAUGAUUGUCGCCUCAUUGGUCGCCUCACCGGUUUUCAAUGAAUGAAUCCGGAUGCACAACAAUAAAAAUUGUCUGUACUGUUAAGUUGUCCUGACGGUGAAUAAUCCUAAUUUUAUAAAAUUCUCAACAAAUUUCACAUACAAAUAAUAUUUACAGUCAAACACAGUGGCAAACAGCUCCGAGUCAAAAUGACAAUUCCUUUCGCGAUUUAAAGUCACAGAGACAACACUGUUAUAUUUGACAUGUGGGAAGUUAAUUUCCUUAGGCACGAUUAUGUUUUUUUUUUUUUUGGCACAUGAUGGCAGUGUCGAGAAAGGGGACAGAUUUAGGCAAGUAGAUUGGCACAUUGUUGGACUUAGGAACAAACCUGACUUACGAAUGUACUCCUAGAAUGGUACUAGUUCUUAAGUCGGGGGCUACCUGUAUAUGAUUCAAAAGAUUACUAUGUUCUGGUAAUCAUAAUAUAAUAUAAUCCUGAUAAUCAUACAGAGACAAUCUGCUGGUGAAUGCUAGGUGUAAUUUGGUGGCUGGAAAUUGUUACUUAGCUGGUAUUAGCUGGUAUGAACAUGAAAUGAUAAUGAUUUACAUUCAUAGCUUUUUAGAUUUUCAUAGUAUCUCUUUUGCUGCAUAUAAUUCACUCUAUAAUAUCUGUUGUAAUUUGACUCCAGAAUAAACACUGAGCUAAGGCCUAUAUGUGAAGGACAA